AUGGCCACUUUUCAAGACCACGAAGAGAUUCUCGAGGCAGCCUUCAGGGAUCCCAACAACACUCCAAUUAUCUUCGAGCCCUCCAACGUGAAUCAAGUCAUCAAAAGCCGCCAUUAUGAUGCUGAUCCGGAUUUGCAUUACUCAAAAACACAACUUUGGGACAUGGAAGUCAAGAAAGCGCACAACCCAGCCAAAUACCUAAGACAUCUCUUGCGACCAGGAAGUCUCCAAGUCUUCAACCUUCAAAAGAACGGACCCACAGAGACUUUUGUACGUGUUACUGAUCAGGGAACUUGGGUAGAUCCCACCACAUACAACACCGUCAUCGAGCAAGUCUUUUUGGACAGUGAAAACGAAAGAGUUUUCUUUAUUGGUGUGCCGGAAGUGGAAGGCCCGGAUGGUCGCAAGAUUGUUGCCGGAACAAAUCAGCCGCUCUUCCAUGUCGAGCACUCUGUGAGUGGCACUGAAGAGGAGCCUCUGAAUGUUUGGCGAGUUGUUCAUUUGGACAAGGAUGAGGAUGGAAAGUUGAAGGAGGCGUUUAAGAGGCUAACGGAUUCGCCCUACUUGAGGGAGUUUAACGAGGUUUACAUCCGCGAAGAUCUUGGCAAGAAGUUGGAGCGCAGAUAA